CUUGCGACCAGCAUCACACGUCAUCCCUUUUUGUAUUGUGAAAUACUUGAGAAUAUGUCUGGUCGUGGUAAAGGAGGAAAAGGUUUGGGAAAAGGAGGCGCCAAGCGUCACAGGAAGGUGUUGAGAGAUAACAUCCAGGGCAUCACCAAACCGGCCAUCCGUCGUCUGGCUCGUCGAGGUGGUGUGAAACGUAUCUCUGGUUUGAUCUACGAAGAGACCCGUGGUGUGUUGAAGGUGUUCUUGGAGAACGUCAUCCGUGAUGCUGUCACCUACACCGAGCAUGCCAAGAGGAAGACUGUCACCGCUAUGGAUGUGGUCUAUGCUCUCAAGAGACAAGGCAGAACUCUGUACGGAUUCGGAGGUUAAACUGUGCAAGUUUUUCCAACUUCGUGGUCGUCACUAGCGACAAAUCCCGGCCCUUUUCAGGGCCACUCAUAUCCUAAUGUAAGCCACCUCGCCCUCUUUGAUAUGCUUAAACUAAAAUUUGCAUUUCAGCUUCGUUUUUGAGUUAAGGAAUUCUUUAUUGUCCCUUUCAACGAGCCUCUCGUUUCGCGCGUCAUAUCUCCCUCUAUUGGGUCGUAACAUUUCUUAAC